AGGUUUGGGACGUACAGUCCGUUCACUGCAUUUUAUCUCUCAAUACAUAUAUAUAGCUAUACCACAUUACGUGAUUAGAGAAGGAUUAAUUUUGCUCGAGACUGUACUUUCACAAAACGUAGCAAGCUUUAACUCGUGAUUUAAUUACAUUUAGCUUACCAAAAUAAUAUUUUAUGAAUUAAUUGACUAUAUUAUUAUAAAAUAAUUGAUAAUUUAUUUUUAAUUUAAAUGAAAUAAUAAGUUUUUUAAUUUUAAAUAUUUUUUAAAAAGUUUGGCGUCGCAGCAAAUUUUACCGCGGUUGCGCAUGCGUCGACUGUUCUAUUCGUGUUGGUGAUGUGUCUGUGUGUAUGGUAACAUGUAAUGCUAUUCAGACAGUGAUAUUUACACAAAUAAAAUUUUUGAAGAAUAAAUAAAAAAUGAGUGACGGAGAAAAGCGUGAUUAUUGGAAAGGAAAGCGAGUGAACGAAAAAAUUUACAACCUACGUAUUUCUCAACGCAAGAACGGACAGAAAAGAAAGAAAACAUGCUAUCUAACCUCUCAGUUGUCUGACAUUGUACCAGGAAGGAGAAUAAUAGAAGUUUGUCAUUUCCUAAAACAACUAAAAUGCGUACAUUGCAAGGCAUUGCUGGAUUUGGAAGAAAAUCUUAAAAGAGAAGAACGACGUGGCUUGGGUUCGACUUGGCAUGUAUUGUGUACAGCUUGCAAUAUUUUAAACAAAGUUACUACUGACAAGCAACAUCCAGAUGCAACGACUAAAAGGCAACGUUUCGAUAUAAAUUCCAAGAUUGCAAUAGGCGCACUUCACUCUGGGAUUGGAGCAACUCAUCUCAAUAAAAUGUUCGCCUCUGCUAAUAUACCUUCAAUUGAUUCCAAAACUUUCAAGACACAUGAAAAUGAAAUGGGAACAGCUGUUGAAGAAGUGGCUAAAGAAAGUUGUCAUAAAUGGGCUGAAGUUGAACGUAAAAUGACGAUUGAAAAUUCAGAUAAGAUUCAACAGUCAUUGUAAGCAUUGUCAGUUUAGAUGUUUUUAUGUUGUAAAAAAUUGGUACUCGAUUGUACAGUCAAUACUUAGAUGAUCGAGGAUUUUAAAGUAUUGUCAUGUUGCAAAAUUGUACAGUGAGAAUUGUUAGAUUUUAAAAUUGUAAAUAAGGAUUUAAAUCGAAGUUAUGAAUUCAAAACCGUCAUAAUUUGUAAAUAUUAUACUCAAAAUUAAUGAACAGGAAGUAAAACAUUCUUUUUUACUUGGUGUUAAUGAAAUUAAUUUAAUUAAAUCGAUCAUUAAAAUAUUUUUACAAUAAUUUUACACUUUUUACAUAAUUUUUUUGUAUUCUAAAUUUUUACAACGACUGAAUAAAAGAAUCAAUUACCUCCAACAAAUUUUUUAUCUAUUAAUAUUUAUCUAAUUCAACUUUUUCCCGUUUCCAUCCCGUAACUUUUCUUUUCUUUCUACUGUUAUUGUAGACCAGAAAGUGCACCGUCUAAUUUUAUAUUACCAGAGUGGAAUACAGGAUUGU